GGAGGUUGCGAAUCAAUUGAUUUGAUCGAUUAGCAUUUAGACACACGACCACACUCUCUUCCGAAGAGUUACACUUUUCACCUCCGUCACAACAAGGUGAGAAACGACAAUUUCAUUACUGGGAAGUUCAUCCUGCCCAAUAGGUUUUCAUCCGUCUUCGUCUCACUGUGUGGCAAGCUCCUUAUCAGUUUCAACAGAUCAAUAGAGAGAGCCGUUCAAGAUGACCACAAAUGGGUUCAGUGUGGCCAAACCCUCUGCCGGUUCAUCCACCUUACCUCAAGCACAUGAUUUGCCAGGAACAUGGAAAUUCUUACAAGAGGGUAUUGAAGUGAUGAUGGAAAGAUGCACAGAAGGAAUGUCUUACAAACGAUACAUGGAAAUGUAUACGGUAGCAUACAAUUAUUGUACAAGCUCACGUUUGAACGGACAACAAAUGAACGGUGACCAUUCUUUCCGUUCAGGUGCAACUUUGAUGGGUGCAGAUCUCUACAAUAACCUUUCUGCAUACUUUCAACAACAUCUGAUCGCAAUCCGAAAAGGUGCAGACAAUCUCAGCGAUGAGGCUUUGUUGAAAUUCUACGCAGAUCAAUGGGAUCAAUAUACAGCAGGUGCAAACUUUGUUCACAGGCUGUUUGUCUACCUCAAUCGUCAUUGGGUAAAAAGAGAAAAGGAAGAAGGAAGAAGGGUUUACACAGUCUAUACACUGGCUUUGGUCCAGUGGAAGAAACACCUCUUCGAACACGUCAAAGCAAAGCAAAAAUUGGUCAACGCUCUCCUCAAACUCAUUGAAAAGCAAAGGAAUAAUGAAGUGAUUGAAAUCAGUCUUGUCAAGAAAGUAGUAGACAGUCUCGUAUCCUUGGGCUUGGACGAUAAUGACGCCACAAAGCUCAAUUUGGACGUUUACAAGGAGGAAUUCGAAAAGCAUUACAUCACUGCUACCGAGAUCUACUACAAAGCAGAAAGCGACGCUUAUGUAGCAUCUACCAGCGUUGUGGAUUAUAUGCGAAAAGCUGAAAAGCGAUUGAAGGAAGAAGAAGAAAGGGUGGAAUUGUUCCUUCAUCCUUCGACACGCAACAAAUUGAUCGCCGCAUGCGAGAAUGUCUUGAUUCGCGGUCAUUCACAAUUAUUGUGGGACGAAUUCCAGCCGCUUCUUGACGCAGAGAAAUCGGACGAUCUCAAUCGCAUAUAUACCCUAUUGAGCAGAAUUCAGGGCGGGCUAGAACCGUUACGUGAGCAAUUUGAUGGGCAGGUCAAGAGGACAGGAUUAGCAGCUGUGGAGAAGGUGGCAGGUGAAAGUGGGGAGGCUAUGGAUCCAUCUGCAUACGUGACUGCAUUACUCGGCGUACACUCCAAGAAUUUGAACACUGUCAUAACAUCGUUCCAUCAUGAAGCAGGUUUCUUGGCCUCUUUGGACAAGGCUUGCCGAUCCUUCAUGAAUAUCAACAAAGCAACAGGUUUGAACACUAGCAAAAGUCCUGAAUUGCUUGCUAGAUACACCGAUAGUAUGCUGAAGAAGAGUAACAAAACUGCAGACGAAUCGAGCUUGGAAGAUCAAUUGACCCAAAUUAUGGUCAUCUUCAAGUACAUGGAGGACAAGGACGUUUUCCAGAAAUUCUACUCAAAGAUGUUGGCAGGUCGAUUGAUCAAUUCCAAUUCUGCUUCAGACGAUGCAGAAGCCAGCAUGAUUGCCAAAUUGAAAGAAGCUUGCGGUUACGAAUACACAAGCAAGCUUCAACGUAUGUUUACAGAUAUGGGAUUGAGCAAAGAACUCAAUGAUACAUUCAAAGAAACGCAGCAAAACAGUGGACAAGAGUCAGAUAUGGACUUUUACGUGUUGAUCUUGGGAAGCAAUUUCUGGCCUGUGACUGAUUUCGAUACACCCUAUAUCAUCCCAACUGAAUUUUCAGAAGCGUACAAGAGAUUCGAAUUGUUCUACGGUGCUAAGCAUAGCGGACGAAAGUUGAAGUGGGUCUGGAGAUUGAACAAGAACGAGAUAAAGACCAAUUAUUUGUCCCAAAAAUUGAUCUUCCAGACAAGUGCAUACCAAACAGCUAUUCUGCUUCAAUACAACACCACUGAUGAAUUGACACAAGAUGAGUUGAUGAAAGGUACCGGGCUGGAAGAAUCGAUCAUCAAGCCGAUCCUCGCCUUGCUCACAAGGGCCAAGGUUCUCUUGAACGAUGGAUCGACAUACAAGCUCAACAAAGAUUUCAAGUCAAAGAAAUUGCGCGUAAAUCUCAACUUGCCUGUGAAAUCGGAACAGAAAGCAGAGUCGAAUGAUGUGAUGAAAAACGUUGAUGAAGAUCGCAAGCUGUUGUUACAAGCAACGAUUGUACGAAUCAUGAAAGCACGUAAGCAAUUAAGACACGCUCAACUUAUACAAGAAGUCGUUCAACAAGUUCAAUCACGCUUUCAGCCAAAGAUUCCUGAUAUCAAAAAAGCAAUCGAUCAUCUAUUAGACAAAGAAUACAUCGAACGUGUUGAAGAUCAAAAAGAUCUUUACAAUUAUUUGGCAUAAAAGGAGAUGAUAAACGCUUGUCCCGUCCCCAUUCAAUGUACUUUACUACGAAUUACCAUGAAUAUCAUCCAUCAUGAGAGAAUGAUUUCCGGACUUUGCGCUGCUUAAUUCCGACGCCACGGAUUUUAAAGGGAAAUGACUCGACGCUAGUGUGGAAAGUGAUGAUUGUGGAGAGAUAUGGUGAUA